AUGGCAGACUUGCAAGUACUUCAAGAAAAGUGGCGAAUGUGGUUUGAUUCCCUGGACGUUAACAAGAGUGGCGUUUUGACUCCGAAAACCUGGACGGACGCUGCUGAUGUUUUGAUCUCCGGCCAUUCGCUGGAAGGGAAUGACGCUGCUACAGCACGAGCGAAAAUGGGUAAACUGGGUAAGACAGUCUUAGGUGACAGCCAAUCUUCGAUAACCAAGGAACAAUUCACUCAGAAUCUCACAACAUUUUUUGAAAAGGAUCAGAAGCAGGCGUUGGAUUACAUCACAUCGGUGCUUCGGAGCCUGUUUGAAGUUAUGGAUACAAACAACGAUUGUAUGGUGGAUGAAGCUGGAUUUGUGCUGAUGUGCCGAGCAUUUGGUCACGGAGAAGAUACCGCGAAGGUUGUGUUCAAGAUCAUCUCAGGUGGUCAAGAUCAAAUCGACGUUGAUGUUUGCGUGAAGUUUUGGACGGAUGUCUGGUUUUCUGCGGAUAACGAAAAAUGGCAGAACAUCUCUGAAGCCCUGAAACAAUAA